AUGGGGAACUCACGUUGUCUCAAAAUAAUUGCAUUUCAAAAUCAGGUCGUUUCCCUUGUUGCGAGCGUGUUCACACUUUCCCUGAUCGCCCUCGACCGUUUCUAUGGAAUCGUAUUCGCCCUGAAAGCGCACAUCACAGAACGGAGUGCCCAGAAAUCUCUCCUCUUCGUGUGGUUAUGUGCCGUUGCGGUCGGCUCUCCCAUCCUCGUCUACCGUAACCUCUAUACUACAGAAUGGCGGGAUCACGUCGAGAAAUGGUGCAACGACAAAUGGCCUAAUCCAGGCGGCGCCAACCUCCAGUACCCGACUAUUCGACGAAUCUAUUACACGUUCGUGGCAACCGUACUAUACAUCAUACCCAUGCUAGUCAUGACGCUGGCCUAUUCCAUCGUCAUUUGGAAACUUAAGUCCAGUGCCAUUCCAGGCGAGACGAUAGAACGGGAAGUGGCCAUGCAGGCCAGGAUUAAAAGAAAGGUAAACACGGAUAAAAGUUUCCCAUUUUUUUCUUUCUAUUUCUUUUUCUUUCUUUUUUUCUUUUUUUCUUUCGUCCUUUUUUCUUUCUUUUUCUUUGUUUUCUUUUUCCUUUCCUUUUUUGUUUUCUUUUUUCCUUCGCUUUUUCUUUCUUGCUUUCCAUUUUUACCUUUUUCUUUUUCUUUCCUUUUUCUUUCUUUUUGCUUUGUUCCCUUUUUCCUUUUCUUUUUUCUUUUUCCUCUUUCUUUUCUUCCUUUUUAUUUUUUAUUUUUAUUAUAUUCAUUCCUUACUUUUUUCUUUUUUCUUUCCUUUUUCUUUGUUCCCUUUUUUUUUUCCUUAUAUAUUCAUUUGAUUUUAUCGCUAAACUCUUCUUCUUCUUCUUCUUCUUCUUCUUCUUCUUCUUCGCGUCUUUUUUUCGCUUGCUCUUUCACUCCCUUUCUUCCCUUUAAACAUUCUUUUUUACCACGUUUUCCCUCUUCAAACAAUUUAACCUUUCUCUCCAACUUCAUUCUUGAUGGCUUCACUUCCGGUUCCUGCCUUUUUCUUCAAAUUUCCCCCUUCUCUGUUCAUUUCUUUCUUCCACUUCCUUACCCUCUCAUUCUAUUUCUCUCUCCUUCGAUUUUUUUCACCUUUCUAAUUUUCUUCUUUCUUUCUUAA